AUUUUCACAACAUCCCUCAUUCUGUGUAUUGAAGUUAAGUGAAGCGGAUAUCCUGUGACCAUAGUAGUACUCAAUGAAAAAAAUCUAGAAGCAAUUAAAGGAUAUCACUUUUUGGCCCCCUUCCCUUCGAGUUUACCACAAGUUAAUUACAGCAUACAAGCCACACACUUUCAAGCUAGAGCAGAAACCAAUUAGCCGUUCAGGAUUGUUACUUUAGAUUCGUGAUACAAAUGAAUUUGAGAAAAUUCCAACACCCAUUGCUGCAUCGCUGACUGGCACCUUUUGCGGGGACAGCGAGACGGGUUAGCAGUUGAGGAAAACUUUCGAAAGCAAAGUGUUAAGAAAACCUGUGUGCAGCAUCGUCAGAAACAUAACCUUUGGAGCUCCAUUUUGGAGGAAGAGGACUCGUUCACUCGUCCGGUCAACCAAUCAGACGAAUAAACGUUCCAAAAAUCGUUCAAGUUGGAAGGUAAAAUCUUCUCGGCGGUGAAUAACUUCCUCACUGCGUCGACCCUCGUCAAGGAUAUCCGGCAGCUGAUUAUGACUAAACACUCCAACGAUCCAGACAUAACUGCUUCGCAGCCUCAACAAACUGAUCAGGACUCGAACCAGAACAAUCAGAGUGACAACAGUUCAAGCUAUCCAUCGCAACGGUUGGCCGGGACGUCGUACGAUCUGAGCGCCAGUUCCGCAGUUAGCCACCGCAACAUGCGUCGUGCACAUCCUGCCGACGGUAGCAAUCAACUAGUCCAAGAGGACAACAGCAAUCAGCUUGCGAGUGAGUGCUCCAGCCUAGAGGAACACGUUAUCGUCGAAGGAGUGCAUCCACAUACCCGUCGAUCGCAAACAUCCGAAUCGAUAACGUCCAGUAACUUCAAUUACAGUAUGAACCGACGGUUCAUCUCCAAAAAUCAGAUGAAGGAGUUUCGAGAAGCGUUUCGACUAUUCGAUAAGGAUAAUGAUGGUUCCAUCACGAAAGAAGAGUUGGGAACUGUGAUGCGUUCGUUGGGACAAUUCGCCCGUGUUGAAGAGCUAGAGCAGAUGUUAAUGGAAAUAGAUGUUGACGGUGAUGGAAAUGUAAGCUUCGAAGAGUUUGUAGACAUUAUGUCCAAUAUGACCGACACCGUUGCGGAAGCUUCUGCUGACCAAGAAGAACGUGAGCUGCGGGAUGCUUUUCGCGUUUUCGACAAACACAACCGUGGUUACAUUACGGCUUCGGACUUACGGGCUGUUUUACAAUGUCUCGGAGAAGAUCUCGACGAAGAAGAGAUCGAAGACAUGAUCAAAGAGGUCGAUGUUGAUGGUGACGGAAGGAUCGACUUUUAUGAGUUUGUACACGCUCUUGGAGAACCGGAAGAUUCACAAGAAAACGAUGACGAAGAAGAAGCGAUGUCACUGAGAUCGGCAUCAUGUGAUGUUAAUGCCUAAUUCGAUUCAACAAAAUAGUGACUAACAAACGUUUGAACAUUUUCCUUAGAAAAAACGAUUUUCGCGGCAUUCAACAGGAUGUUUUCAAUACAAAUAUAAAUAUCUCCCAACCAGUGUUUCGUCAACUCUUUAACGAAUUUGUUCAAAAUAUAAGUUUGACAACGUUUAAAAAAAAAAUAAAAAUAUUCGAAGCUAACUUAUUAAACAUAAAUGCACACAUAUCAUAAUUAUCGCCAAUUUUAAAAUUUAUAUACACAUGCAUCGGGCACACCUGAAAUGUGAUGCUGAAGAUACCAAAUCAAAUCCAGAAUAAACAAAAAAGAAAAUAUGAAUGUUGUAAAUUUGAAUCUUUUAAAUGGAAAAAGUUUUUCAAUCAUUAAUCAUUUUGAAUAAUAAACCAAAAUUGAAUACCAGAACUAAUCAUUUCGUAUAAUAAACUAGAUAUUGAACUAAACGAAACAAGCAUUUGUAAAGCUAUUCGCGAGAUGCAAAACAUCGGACGUCCCAAUAAUAUCUACAAUAUAACCUGUGACGCAGCAUUUUAACGCCAACGGCUGUCACCAAAAAAAGGCAGGAAACAUUAACAUCAACUUUUACAGAUUUACGACUUUAUUGUUAUACAUUAGUAUGAGCCUGUGAGCAAUCUUUAACUUAUCAUGUUGACUAAUAAACUCGAUCCUAUGUGUUACCGUCA